CCUCUAAAGCACUUGGUUUGACACAGUGAAUCUUUUGUUGUCUUUUCGGGAAAAAAAUAGCCAUGGGUGUUUGGGGCUUUUGCACUGGCUUGAUUCUGCUGGUGUCUUGCGCACCCCGAGCCUGCAUCGGAGGCAGCGGGAAUCUCUUCGUUACCCACGGGGCGGACCGAGCACUGAUCGGCCACACUCUCCUCAGCAGACCGGCUGGGUCCCUGGUGGCAUGCGCGGUGCAGUGUCAUAGGCACGAUCGCUGUCUGUCUUUCAACUUCUACCACCACCAUGGAACGUGCCAAAUGAACGACGCCAGAAUGGAGGAAUUCCCAGCAAGCUUGCAGGCGGCUGUUGGUGUCUUAUACUUCGGUGGCCUGGAAACUUUGGAAAGUGAUGCACAACAGCCGGGUAUAUUGGAUGAAAGUUCAACAGCUAGGCAAAACGUCGUGACGAAUCGACCAACGGGCAGAGGUUUCCCCGUGCCACCACCACCCAUACACAUUGAUACCUUGGCUCCAAAGGUCAUCUGCCCCGAUCCCGUCUGGAGCUACACCAGGAGCAGCCAAACUCCCGUCCAGGUCGUCUGGGCACCGCCAACCGCCUGGGAUAACGCCGAUGGUCAGAUACCCCCGACUCAAAUCACCUGCACGAUAAACGGCACAUCCGUUGUCUCUGGUAGUUCCGUCUUCUUAUACAGUGGCGUCACGACCCCGCGGUGCGUGGCGUCCGACAUGGCCGGCAACGAGGGCUCCUGCAACUUCAGUGUUACCAUCAAAUAUUGUAGUGGUUGCCGAGCACUUGGUAUGGAAAGUGGUGAGAUACCAGAUAACAACAUAACUGCUACCUCAAGCUUAAUGUCCGAUGUGGCAAACUAUGGCCCGCAACUCGCCCGCCUAAAUGGUCCGAAAUCCUGGUGUGCCAACUCACCGCAGAGCGGCGAAUCGUUGCCAUGGAUUCAAGUGAAUUUGCAGCAAAAUGUGAACAUCUAUGGUCUUAUCAUACAAGGCCGCAACGCCAACAUGUUCGUGUCAACUUUCCUUGUAGCGUACAGCGAUAACAGCCGCCAAACACCUUCCCCUUUACGAAAGGAAUCCCAAAGCAUCAGACGGUUUGAUUCGGCCGAGUCUGGGCAGAUUGCGGUGCACGUCCCUCUUCAGUCGGCCUCUCGGGACUACAUCACCGCCUUGACCCUUCGACUACAACCUGCUAACUGGAAAGCAAAGAUCUGCAUGCGCUUCGAAGUCAUUGGAGUGCCUGCCGACCAGGAACCUUGAUUAACUGUAUUGCGAACGAUAUAAAGACUUUUAGAACUGACACCAAUAACAACAAAAUCCUUACCUCCUUGUGAGUUUGUGUAAAUUUUCCUGUACAGGUGAACCUAUCCAUGGACCAUUCAGAAAAAAAGUAAUGAUAACAAAGAGUUUUAUUCCAAAAUUAGAUAUACGCCAUUCAAAAUCGAGCAACGUUUCCACAAUUAUUGAAUUUUUAAAAACAAACAGAGGGUACCAGGUCCCUCGUAAUAUUAUAAUUCACUAGUCUGACUCAUUUAGUUUCCUUUUUCCCCACUGAAUGAAACCCCCAGAAACUGGCUGGAGGCAACCAUGAGAAGGUGAGAUUCAGAGGACCAAAAUGUCGCUUAUCUCAUCAUUGGUAUACCCAGGUCAAGUUGAAUAAAAAAUGAUAAAUAGAUAGAUUAAUCAAGGCGUAUUGACAAGAAUAUAAUAUAAAAC